GUUUCCACCCCGCGGUUUACGCAUAAAAGAAGAUCUCGACUGUUUACCUAAAUCGGAUCACUUGUUCUGAACCCUAAUUCUCUCAAUCUUCAACUAAAAUGGCUACGACAAUUAGCACUCAGCGCGGACAGGUGUACAUUGGGGAGUUGCCCCAGGACUUCCUAAGGAUCACCCCCACCCAGCAGCAGCAGCAGGUACAGAUGGACGCUCAGGCUGCCAGGCAGCUCCAGUACGGCGGCUCCAUCGGAACAGUGGGCAGACUCACUAUCACUGUGGUCCAGGCAAUGCUUGCUAAGAACUAUGGGAUGACCCGCAUGGACCCCUACUGCAGGAUCCGCCUCGGGUACGCUGUAUACGAAACCCCCACCGCUCACAACGGAGCAAAAAAUCCUCGCUGGAACAAAGUUAUUCAGUGCACCGUCCCUCCAGGAGUGGACUCCUUCUACCUGGAGAUUUUUGAUGAGAGGGCGUUCUCCAUGGAUGACCGCAUAGCAUGGACACAUGUGACCAUCCCUGAAAGCUUGCGAGAGGGCACUGUGGUGGACGAGUGGUACAGCCUGAGCGGCAGACAGGGCGAUGAUAAAGAGGGCAUGAUUAAUCUCAUCAUGUCCUUCGCUUCUAUGCCAGCAGGGAUGAUGAUGGCAUCUCAGCCGGUGGUUCUUAUGCCCACUGUAUACCAGCAGGGGGUCGGCUAUGUGCCCAUAGCAGGUGUCCCGGGUGUCUACAAUCAGGGUGUGGUGCCGAUGGGAAUGCCAGCAGUACCUGCUGCUGCCCCUCGCAGCGCCCCUUGCAGCGAGGAGGACCUGAAGGCCCUUCAGGACAUGUUCCCCAACCUUGAUCAGGAGGUGAUCCGUACGGUGUUGGAGGCCCAGCAGGGCAACAAGGACGCUGCCAUUAACUCUCUGCUGCAGAUGGCUGAGGAGAUGUAACCCCACCAUCCACACCUCCCUCACCCUGUAAAUACUCGCACUCAGGCCCACCAGCCCAACAUCCGCAGACGUUCCCCACCAGUAGCAAAGUGUUUGCUUUUAUAUUGUUUGCAGAGAUCUAAGUCUUCACGGCACAACAAACAGUGGACAGGAUGUUUGACUGGAUGCUUUUUUUGUUGCCAUUUGUGAGCGAAUGUGUAUUCCGGCCGCGUUCUGUUUUGGCCCGCGGCUUUAGCCAUGAUUCCACUGAGAUUUCUCCAUUCAGUCUGAUGUGUAUAUGUGUGUGUGUGUCUCCGUUUGUGUUAUAUGCUCUUAUCUGUAUAAAAAUAGCUUGAUUAUAUAUAUAUAUAUAGCCUAUAUAUAUUUAAUGGAUUGUAAAUUAUUUUGAGAACAAUGACAGAGAUGUUAAAGUAUGUCAGAUUUUAGACAGGGUCUAAUGUUGUGGGUUACAGGGGAAAUGUGCAAAUUUGUAAUGAUUUAAUAGUUGAAUGUUGAAACUUCUUUCAGCGUAGCUAAAUAGCCAUUCUGUAUUGCUUGUUUCUCCACUGUAUUGCUUGACCCACUGAAGUCUUAAUGAGUAUCUGUAAUUAAACUGAAGACAUGUGUGA